AGAGAACUUCUACUUCCUCCUUCCUACCCACAACAUGCGUACCUCUCGGAUCGCAAAAGAGACGGAUAAAAUGCUACACGCUCUUCCUACGCUGCCUCCACGCCGCACACGUCGGCUCGCUGCCUUUGCGUUGGACCCGACCGACUCGGACUCCUCGCUCUCCUCCAUCGACACGGUCGACAUCGAAGACAUUCUGCCGAGAAAACGUCGCAGAAUCACAGCGGAGACAGUCAAAAACGAAGGAAUCAAGAAUGAACCUGAACCUGAAGUCAAAGAAGUCAAACAGAACACAAAGGAAAAGAAAAAAAGGCUCCCCGCCCGCAGGAUCAAAGGCGCCGACGGCAGCGUGACGGUCUCAGCCCCUUCGAACUGGGAGGUCAUCUACGAGACGGUCAAGAAGAUGCGGGCGGCGAACCCGACCGCCCCGGUUGAUACAAUGGGCUGUGCGGAGCUGCACUGGCGGGCGAGCGCGCCCAGGGACCAGCGCUUCCAGACCCUGAUUGCCUUGAUGCUCUCGUCGCAGACCAAGGAUACGGUUACCGCCGUGGCAAUGCAGCGGUUACAUACUGAGUUGGGGGUAGCUAAGGAGACUUCGGUCAAGGAGGAGAUUCCAAUCAAGGAGGAGACUUCAAUCCAGGAGGAGACUCGAAUCAAGGAAGAGACUCCAAUCGAUAUUCCAAUCAAGGAAGAGAGGUCAGCGGAGGAAACCCCAAUCAAGGAGAUUCCAAUCAAGGAAGAGACGCCAAUUAAGAAAGAAGACAGCACUCUCAAUCUCGCCAACAUCCUAGCUGUCUCACCCGAACGACUCAACGAGUUGAUCCGCACAGUGGGCUUCCACAACAACAAGACGAAAUACAUCAAGGCGGCGGCCCUGAUCAUCCGCGACCAGUACGGCGGCGACAUCCCCCCGACGGCGACGGAGCUGAUGAAGUUGCCCGGCGUGGGCCCCAAGAUGGCGUUCCUGUGCAUGAGCGCCGCAUGGGGCAAAACAGAGGGGAUCGGCGUCGACGUGCAUGUCCACCGCAUCACCAAUCUGUGGGGGUGGCAUACCACGCGCACGCCCGAGGAAACACGCCUGCAGCUCGAGGCAUGGCUGCCGAGGGAGAAAUGGCAUGAGAUCAACAAGCUGCUCGUUGGGCUGGGGCAGACGGUCUGUCUGCCUGUCGGGCGGCGGUGUGGCGAGUGCGAUCUGGCAGGCACGAAGCUGUGCAAGAGUGAAGUGCGUGGAUCGAAGCGGUAGGGGAUCUGGAUCUGGCCAAGGAGUCUGUUCUUGCAAAGUCGUUGAACAGGACUGAUAUGGUCUGUACAUUAUUUUCGCUGUAUACUACAUGUACAUAAUACAAGUCUAUCUCAUAGACAGAACUAUUAUCUUCUUCUAUUUACUGUUUGGACCAUGAAUUGAUAUGGAGAAUAUAAUAUCCGAAUAUCAGUCUCCGUCUCAUGAAUUGA